CCAACAUGGUUCCCUGGUUCGACCAUCGCAUCGCAUGGAUCGUCUACCCCGCUGGAGAUCUAGACCGGACGGGCUGAUCCAGGGCUUCUAUAUCUAGGAUGCAUACCACACCACAUCCAGACAUUCUACCCCAUCAAUACCAUGAUCCAGUCAUGCUCUAAGCCUCUCAACACCCAUUAACAUCAAUCAGCAAUCCACCAAAAUGACCACCCAAAGCUCCCUCCGCCGAGACCCCCAAACAAUCCAAGCCUGGCUGGUCGGGAGCGGCGUCUCGUCCCUCGCCGCGGCCGUCCACCUCAUCCGCGAAGGCAACGUGCCGGGGCCCAACAUCCACAUCUUCGAUCUCCGCCCCGACUCGGGAGGCGAGAUGACUUCCUUCGGCGACCCAGAACGGGGGUAUUUCCUCCCCUUCGAAUGCCACCCGCACUUCCACGGCGAAUGCACCGAGAACCUCCUGUCUCUGGUUCCCAGCGCCAGAUCGAGCUACUGGUCGCUGAUGGACGACAUACGCGAGUUUGCGACGGCGGAGCGGACCCCCCCGAAAGAGGUGGCGCUGACGCGCGCGAUGAGGCUGGGGAAGAUGAGGCCGGAGGCGGUGGAGGUCUAUACGAAGAAUAUGCAUGUUGGGUUGAAGCAUCGGAUGGAAUUGAUUGUUUUGGCCCUGGAGAGGGAGAGGGCGUUGGGGAAGAAGUCUAUCCAGGAGGUGUUUGAUCAGUCUUUUUUUAGGACGGGGUUUUGGAUGCUUUGGUCUACUACGUUUGCGUUCCAGCCGUGGCACAGUGCGGUCGAGUUCCAGAGGUAUCUCUGCAAGUACCUGGAAUAUAUCCAGACGAUCAAUAACGUCAAGCGGGCGUACCAGACGAAGUACAACCUGUUCGAAUCUGUGGUGCUCCCGAUGACCACGUAUCUCAAGAGCGAGGGGGUGGAUUUCCGCUUCCAGGUCGAAGUCACCGACAUCGAACUGUAUCCCGAAAGUGACCCGACGACGGUGUCGGAGAUCAAGAUGAUCCAGGACGGAGAUGAAUGCCUCGUCACCCUCGACCCGGAGGAUAUCUGUCUCGUCGAUCUGGGAUACUCGCGCAGCGGGGCCGUCUUCGGCACGAACGACUCCGCGCCGCCGUAUCUCUCAUCCGACUGGCAAGACCUCCUGAUCACCGAGUGGAAGCUAUGGCAGAAGCUGUCCAAGUCGAUGAAGUUCGGAAACCCAGAGAAUUACCUCUCCCGCGCCGUGCAAUCCGGGGUCGAGACAUUCACGACCACCCUCCGCGGAACGGAAUUCAUGUCGCUGUACGAGAAAGUCACUCGCGACCCUCCGGGAACAGGUGCCAUGCUCUCCCUGACAGACAGUAACUGGUCCCUCACCAUCAGCAUCCCGCGCCAGCCGCUCUUCUCCACGCAGCCCGAGGAAGUCAGCGUGAUCUGCGGCUACGCGUUGAGUCCCGCGAGCGAGGGCAACUUCGUCAAAAAGCCCAUGUUCCAGUGCUCCGGCGAGGAGAUCUUCAGUGAGGUGCUGUCGCAUCUGGAGUUCCCGGUUAGGUCGAUUCUUCCUCACUCGAUCACCAUCCCUUGUGGAUUGCCACUGGGUACUGCGCCGCUGCUCACGCGCACGGAAAAGGACCGUCCGCAUGUGGUUCCUCCCGAUACGACGAACAUUGCCUGUUUGGGCCAGUUUGCCGAGGUCCCGGAGGAUACUACGCUCAGUAUGGAGUAUAGUGUGAGGACGGCGCAGAUGGCGGUUUAUCAGCUGUUGGGGUUGCAGCUGACGCCUCCGAAGGUGAAGAGGAAUGUUCUGUAUGAGGUGUUUAACUUGUUGGUGUAAGUGUGCUUUUUUGGAGUUGAUGGUGUGUUGGUGUCAGGCUGUAUGUGUAUGAUGUCGCAUGCUGAGCUGUACUUGCAUGAUAUUCGCCUUCAAUUGUUACAGCAGAUGAAUUAAUGUCCUGGCUGGAGAUUGAGCACAACAUAUGGUGUCGGGCUAAUUACUUGAUGGGAGUUAGCAGUGGGUUGGGUCCUGUAUAUGUAUGAGCUGACGUAUCAAGUUGCAUUUGAAUGAUAUUCACCUUUGACCCUGACAGAG